AUGAUUUCUUAUCUAUCUAUCUAUCUAUCUAUCUAUCUAUCUAUCUCUCUAUAUAUAUAUAGCCAUGUUGAAGAUACUUUCAGUUCAUUUGCGGAACGAGAAGAAAAACUGAAAAAAUUAUCAAUUCACGAACUACAUGUGCGUUUGUGGCAAAGAGACAGCAGCCCAAUUGUUACUAUUCAAAACGUCACUUCUUUCUUUUACCUUUUUUUCUUUCUUUUACACAGACCAUACUUUCUUUCUUUGUUGCUUUCUUUCUUUGUCUUCGUCUUUUCUUCACUUGUACAUCACCCUGUCUUUCUUUCGCAUCGUUCUUUCAUUCUUUUUUUCCUUCUUUAUUUCUUUCUUUCGUUUUUUCUUUCUUUCUUUCUUUCUUUCUUUCUUUCUUUCUUUGUUGCUUUCUUUCUUUGUCGUCGUCAUUUCUUCAUUUUGCAUCGUCCUAUCUUUCUUUCUUUCUUGUCGUCUUUUCUUACUUUUACAUCAUCCAAUAUUUCUUUCUUUCUUUUCGUCCUUUCUUUCUUUCUUUUCUUCUUUCUUUCUUUACACAAUUUAUAUUCGGACGAUUGGCCAAUACGCCAUUGUCCCAAUGACGAGGACAAUAAUCCGAAUAUAAAUUAUGCAAAUAAUGAUAACACUUCUUCCUUUCUUUCUUUCUUUCUUUCUUUCUUUCUUUCUUUCUUUCUUUCUUUAUUUAUUUAUUUAUUCUUUCUUUCUUUCUUUUUCUCUUUCUUUCUUUCUUUCUUUCUUUCUUUUUCUUUCUUUCUUUUUUCUUUAUUUAUUUAUUUAUUCUUUCUUUCUUUUUUUUUUUCUUUCUUUCUUUCUUUCUUUUUUUUCUUUUCUUUCUUUCUUUCUUUCUUUCUUUCUUUCUAUAAAUAG